UCCGAGGAACUACACUUCCCAGGAGGCUGUGCGCACACCUCUCCGCCCUCGCCGCUGUCAGGCUCCACCUCUCCCGCUCCUCCCUCAGUGGGCUGCAGCGCUCACGCCUUCCUGUUAGUCCGAGCUAGGAGAAGUUCACUCCGAUCAGCUGAUCCUAACUGACAACAGGAGAGGAGGAAGCCCGGGAGACAGCGAAGGAGGAGGGGGGGCGGAGAUGGAGAUGAGGAUGGAUCCACCGGUGCCCUGAAGAACAGCCCCCGCCUCCACCGGCGCCCCGUGGUUCCCGGACGCCGCCUCGCCGCGACAGAACUGCUUAGUGGUAUCCCCAGAAAUAUUGACUUGAGGUUGGAUAAUAUUGAAAAGCUCCUGACCACUCUUUCAUUACCAAAACCUUGCGGCUGAGGCCCCACCCGUGAACCCACCUCAGUAAAUCCAUCAGAUCUCUCUCAGAUAGCCAUAAAAGACCCUUUCGAGUUGAUUUUGGCCACAUAUUUGCCUGCACUUUAUGGAGGAUGAAACGAUCAAACCAGAUCAACGUUGCUGCUGAUUCAAGAGUCUUAGAGGCAGAAAAUUAAACAUUGGAACAUUUGUGAGUGUGUGAAGAAUUCUAAUAGGACAUUAAUUGUUUUUUUUAAAAAAACAAGACACUUUUUUUUAGGGUAUUCAGAACCCUGUGGAAGUUGUGUGCAGUCUUCAGACUCCACGCCUCUGUCUUCACUUCCCCUGGGGAAAGCCCAGUUACCGUUACACGGUAGGUGGUUUCCUUCCAGUCUGAAUAUGAGUGCCCAGACUUCCCCAGCAGAGAAGGGCCUGAACCCAGGGCUGCUGUGCCAGGAAAGUUACACCUGCAGCGGCACUGAUGAAGCUGUCUUCGAGUGUGAUGAGUGUUGCAGCCUGCAGUGUCUCCGUUGUGAGGAGGAACUCCAUCGGCAGGAGCGCCUGAGAAACCAUGAGCGGAUCAGACUCAAAGCUGGCCAUGUCCCUUACUGUGACCCCUGCAAGGGCCCCAAUGGGCACUCUCCAGGUGUGAAGCAGAGGGCAGUGGUGAGGUGCCAGACCUGUAAAAUCAACUUGUGCCUGGAGUGCCAGAAGAGAACUCAUUCUGGGGGUAACAAAAGGAGGCACCCCGUUACUGUGUACCAUGUCACGAAGGUCCAGGAGUUGCUGGAAGAAGAAGGGAUGGAUGAGGAGACCAAGAGGAAGAAGAUGACUGAGAAGGUUGUGAGUUUCCUCCUGGUAGAUGAAAAUGAAGAAAUUCAGGUAACGAAUGAAGAGGACUUCAUUAGGAAAUUGGACUGCAAACCUGAUCAGCAUCUGAAAGUGGUUUCCAUUUUUGGAAAUACUGGGGAUGGGAAGUCUCAUACCCUCAACCACACUUUCUUCUAUGGCCGAGAAGUCUUCAAAACCUCCCCUGCCCAGGAGUCCUGCACUGUGGGAGUGUGGGCAGCAUAUGACCCAGUCCACAAAGUAGCCGUGAUAGACACGGAAGGGCUCUUGGGGGCUACAGUGAAUCUAAGCCAGAGAACACGGCUGCUGCUUAAGGUCCUGGCCAUCUCGGACCUCGUCAUCUAUCGAACUCAUGCAGACCGACUGCACAAUGACCUCUUCAAGUUCCUUGGGGAUGCCUCAGAAGCUUAUUUGAAACAUUUCACUAAGGAGCUCAAGGCUACCACUGCCCGCUGUGGCCUGGACGUCCCCUUGUCCACCCUGGGCCCUGCUGUUAUCAUUUUCCAUGAGACUGUGCAUACCCAGCUACUGGGCUCUGAUCACCCCUCUGAGGUGCCGGAGAAGCUCAUCCAGGACCGGUUCCGGAAGCUGGGCCGCUUCCCGGAAGCCUUCAGUUCUAUUCACUACAAGGGGACGAGGACCUACAACCCUCCCACUGACUUUUCUGGGCUUCGUUGUGCUCUGGAGCAGCAACUGGAGAACAAUACCACCCGUUCUCCCCGGCACCCGGGCGUCAUCUUCAAAGCCCUGAAGGCUCUGAGUGACCGCUUCAGUGGUGAGAUCCCCGAUGAUCAGAUGGCACACAGCUCCUUUUUUCCAGACGAGUACUUCACCUGCUCCUCCCUGUGUCUCAGCUGCGGGGCUGGAUGUAAGAACAGCAUGAAUCAUGGGAAAGAAGGGGUACCUCAUGAAGCCAAGAGCCGCUGCAGAUAUUCCCACCAGUAUGACAACCGGGUUUUCACCUGCAAGGCCUGCUACGAGAGAGGCAAUGAAGUCAGCGUGGUGCCCAAGACUGCUGCUUCCACUGACUCCCCCUGGAUGGGUCUUGCAAAAUAUGCCUGGUCUGGGUACGUGAUCGAGUGUCCCAACUGCGGCGUGGUCUAUCGUAGCCGGCAGUACUGGUUUGGGAACCAAGAUCCUGUGGAUACGGUGGUGCGGACAGAGAUUGUACACGUGUGGCCUGGAACUGAUGGAUUUCUGAAGGACAACAACAACGCUGCCCAGCGCCUCUUGGACGGGAUGAACUUCAUGGCUCAGUCGGUGUCUGAGCUUAGCCUUGGGCCCACCAAGGCUGUGACGUCCUGGCUGACAGACCAGAUCGCACCUGCCUACUGGAGGCCCAACUCCCAGAUCCUGAGCUGCAACAAGUGUGCUACAUCCUUUAAAGAUAACGACACCAAGCAUCACUGCCGGGCCUGUGGGGAGGGCUUCUGUGACAGCUGUUCAUCCAAGACCCGGCCGGUGCCCGAGCGGGGCUGGGGCCCUGCACCCGUGCGGGUGUGUGACAACUGCUAUGAAGCCAGGAAUUCCCAGUUAGAUGUCACUGAGGCACAGGGGGACGAUGAAGGCGGGACGCUGAUCGCUCGGAAGGUGGGCGAGGCCGUGCAGAACACUUUAGGAGCCGUGGUGACCGCCAUUGACAUACCACUAGGUCUGGUGAAGGAUGCAGCCAGGCCGGCGUACUGGGUCCCGGACCACGAGAUCCUGCACUGCCAUAGCUGCCGGAAGGAGUUCAGCGUCAAGCUCUCAAAGCACCACUGCCGGGCCUGCGGACAGGGCUUCUGUGACGAGUGUUCCCACGACCGCCGGGCUGUCCCCUCGCGAGGCUGGGACCAUCCUGUCCGAGUCUGCUUUAACUGCAAUAAAAAGCCCGGUGACCUUUAACCCCAGCUCCCUCUCCGAGUCCUUCACAAUUCCUUAGGUUCUCAGGGUUAGAAACGAGGUCGCAUUGAGGUAGGCCCUCCUGCUGGUCACCUGUGGCGGUGUGUGUCCUCUCUCCUCAUCCCGGGGGCCCCUUUCCCGCUGUGGGGUGGCAGGUGGCGGGGUGCAGACAGGGAGUCAGGGCGAGCCGGGCAGUGGGCCUGAAGACCUGAACCCCCCAGGGCGGGGGGCCCGAGCAGUUUAGAGCAAAGGGGAAUGAACUCAAAUCCACUACAUUUUAUUUCAGUUAAAAAUAAUAAGUACGUAAAUAUACACACACACACACACACACCCAUAUAUACAUACGAAAGGAACAUGGAGCGUGUUCAGGCUGCCGCUGGCUGUGAACACCUGCGCGGUCCGUCCCCAGCAGGAACCCCGGGGGCAACGGGCAGCAGGUCUUCCCCCCAUAAAACCGAGCCAGGUCCAAGGCCACUGCAUUGCUAGCCUCCCUCUGCUGUUUCUCUCCGAGCCUUUGAAGCCUUUGUGCCCCUCGGCUGCCAGGGUAGGAGUUUCCCAGACACCUGCUGGGCGUGGCCUGUGGGGGAGCUCCCUGGGCCCUCCAGAGUCAGAUCCCAGUCCCUGGCCUAGGCCUGUUUCAGAGACCACCCAGCUUCACGUGCAGGUCACGGAUGGGUGGAGGGUGUGGUAGGGUCCCCGGACCCAAGGAGUCCCCGAGCACAGGUAACGUGACGACUGUCAAGCUGGGGGAGGGGGGGUGGGCACGGAAGGAGACAGGCCUUCCCCAGCACUGUUCCCUGCUUGUCGAUGGUUCCAUUCACUCUACCAUUUGGCUUUCCCUACCCCGCAGCGGAGCAUCUGCCCCACCCUCCCCUCCCAGCCCCCUCGAGCCCACCAUCUACUGAGUGUUGCACUAGGGUUCUUGCUUAUUUUGAAGUGUCUUAAUCCUUUAUUCCCAGACACACGACCCCUUGAGCUAUUGGACAGGUGGUCAUGAGAAAUCUUCCAGGGAAACAGUACAGAACGGACUGUUAGUGGUUUUUUUCCAAGUAUAUACAAACAUUUCAGCGGAUCAUUAUGAAAAAAUUCUCCAGCCCUGGCAAGAGAAGUCAGAUGAACUUUCUGUUUCUCAAAGAGCUGGGACAUCCGUAUUUGUCAUGACUGGAAAGAGACCGUUGUGCUGAAAUCCUGUCAUCAUGGUGGAUUUUAUCGUCAAUGGCCAAAAACGAAUUUGAAGUGACACAGUUCUUGACUGAACUGGGGGGUGGGCCAAGUUCAGGGAGGUAGGUGGUGGUCACUCUUGGCAUGUCACUGUGACGUGAGCCCUGGAAAUGUGUUGGUCCCUCUCAGACCUGCUUCCUUCCCGCCUCCCAUGGCCCAGUGACUGAGGCCUGCUCUAGUACUGUGUAUUAUUAAAUUCGCCGUUAUAAAGGAAUCUUCCUGUGGAA